AUGGCUGCGGCCGAGGUUUUGGCAUUCCACGAGAGCUGGAGAGAAAGCGCCUGCUCCUUUUCAACAUCGAGCAUUCUGCACCUGACGACGGCUGGGUUGGAUGAGGCCCUCCUGCUCCGCUCCGAGCUAUACUCGAUAUCCAGCAAAUGGAUCCAGCGCCGCACUGGCGCAAAGAAACGCAACUCCACAAUUUGUUCACCACCAUCUGACAUUGUCAAACCUCUAAUUCUACCUCAGCUUAGCCCGAAGUGGCAGCGAAUCUUUCAGCACUAUCAUGACCAUGACGACGAUACCCCCCAGGAACCCACGCCUAAUGCCACCGAUACAACAUCAUUAGCUUGUAGCCGACUACCAGACUCUGCACCUACUGUGUGCCCUCCUCCUAAUCCCUCUGCCUACCAGCGAUCCCCCCGGGCUUCAGACGACCCCUUUGCGGACCCAGCAUUAGCUGUGGAAGUAGACUGGAGCUCGGUUCACGGCAUCGUCGAGGCAGCUAAGAAGAAGAAAAAGGGCGGUGGUAAUGCCGCGCCGGCUAACAAGUGGUUCGAUGAUGACGAGAAGAAGGAGGAAACUCCUGAGGGCAAUGGCGACGGCAACAACAACGGCGGCGGCGAUUCUGGUGGCGGUGACGCUGGCGACGGUGGUGGUGAUGGUGGCGAUGGUGACAAGGGUAAAGACGGUGGUGACCAGGAGCCCGAGGACGACUGGGGUGCUUUUACCACAGCCAAGUCUAAGAAGAAGAAGAAGAAGGGCGGCGACGCCGAAGCUGAAGCUGCCCCUCAGAUUGGUACUGACUUUGGCGGCGACGCCUUCGACGAAAUCAAGUUAGGAGACGAUUCUGGCGGCAAAUUCGACCUAGGAUUCGGCUCAAAUUCAAACGACAAUAAGAACAGCUUCGGUAGUUGGGGGACGAAAUGGAAUACUGGUGGGACAGGAGGAGGUUCGACUUGGGAUUGGUCUGGCACUGGCAACAAGGAUGCUUCCAAUGACACAGCAGAGAAGAAAGACGACAUCGACUCGAAUCCGUGGAGUAUCAACCGGGGCAAGCCCAAGAAGAAAGGCAAGACUACUUUUUCAUUUGGUUCACUAGACGAUGAGGGAGAUGAGGAUCAGGAAGAUAAAGAAGAAGAGAAAAGUCAAGAGGCCCAAGAAGCCAAUGAAGAUGACUUUGACUUCUUUUCGACAUCUAAAAAGGAUAAGAAGAAGAAGACGACGACUAAUAUGUGGGGAAUAGACGCUGAGGAAGAGACGAAGGAGAAGGAGACCUCUAACGAGGACCCCUGGGGUUGGGGAACGGCAACCAAGAAGAAGGACAAGAAGUCCGAGCCCGAACCCGAAGCAGCAGCAGACGACUGGUUAACACCGGCUACGACGAAAAAGGGUAAGAAAAAGAAGGGGGCCAUUCUUGAAGUCGAAGAGCCAAAGGAGCCCGAGCCCGAACCCGAGCCGGAGAAGAAAGAGGACGACGCCUGGGACACCUGGGGCACGAGCAAAAAGGAUAAGAAAAAGAAGAAGGGUAUGGUUGAGGAAGUCGACCCCCCUCCUCCUGAGCCAGCCCCAGAGCCCGUUGACGAUUUUUGGGGGACGGUUUCCACCAAGAAAGGUAAGAAGAAGAAGGGUGCGGAACCAGAGCCGGAACCAGAACCAGUCAAGGAACCAGAACCAGAGCCUGAGCCCGAGCCCGAGCCCGAGGCAAAGAAAGAAGACGAUGCUUGGGGCUUCACUACCACUUCAAAGAAAGAUAAGAAGAAGAAGAAGAAAGCCGCGCUUUGGGACGAUCCUGAACCCGAACCAGCUCCCGAACCUCCAGUAGAAGAGAAGAAGGAGGAGGAGGAGAAGAAGGAAGAGGAUGACUUCUGGGGUUCUAUUAGUACCAAGAAGGAGAAGAAAAAGAAGAAGGGUAAGGAGGAGGAGCCUGUUAAGGAGCCCACUCCCGAACCUGAACCUGAGCCCGCCAAAGAAGACGAUGACUUCUGGGGAUCCUUCGGCACUAAAAAGGACAAGAAGAAAAAGAAGGGUAAAGAGGAAGAGCCAGUUAAGGAACCUGAGCCCGAACCCGAACCCGAACCCGAACCUGCCAAGGACGACGGUGGCGAUGACUUCUGGUCUAGCUUUGGAACUAGCUCGAAAGACAAGAAGAAAAAGAAGAAGGGUGCCGUGGAGGUAGUCGAGGAACCUCCAGCACCUGAGCCGGAGGAAGAGAAACCAGCCGACGAGUUUGACUGGACCGCUCCCACUUCUAAGAAAGACAAGAAAAAGAAGAAGGGUGUUGAAGAGCCAGUCAAAGAGGAGCCCAAAGAAGAGGAGUCCAAAGAGGAUGAUCUCUGGGGUGGCUGGGGCGUUCCCACCUCCAAGAAGGACAAGAAAAAGAAGAAGGGUAGUGACUUGAUCGAUCUUGACGAAUCCGACAAGAAAAAGGACCCCCCUGUAGAAGAAACGCCAGCGGACGACGACAUCUUCUCCUGGGGCUCUACUUCUAAGAAGGAUAAGAAAAAGAAGGAAGAGCCUGUUGAGGAGAAAGCUGCCGAACCCGAGGACGAUUUCUGGGGAACCGUUACCAAGAAGGAUAAGAAGAAGAAAGAGAAGUCCAAGGGCGACGAGAAGCUUGACGAAGUUGUUGACGACGACUUUGAUGAUGAUGCCAAAUCCAAGACCAAAUCCUCCAAGGACUCCGACAAUGAAGACAAGAAGUCCAAAAAGGAGAAGGAAAAGGAGCCGAAGCUAAGCGAGAAAGAGCUUAAGAAGCUCGAAAAGGAAAAGAAAAAGGCUGAAAAAGAGCGACUUGAGCAAGAAGCUAAGGAAGCUGAAGAAGCCGCCGCUCGCGAAGCCGAGGAAAAGGCUCAAGCUGAAGACGAAGAAAAGAAACGUUUAGAGGAGGAGAUUACGGCCGAAGAGGAGGAAAUUGAGACUCUCUUAGCCAAGAAGGACAAGCGCGGUGGUAAGUUGUUGAAGAAGGACCGCGAGCGUUUAGAAGUUCUCGAAGGCCGCAAAGCUGAACGCGAUGCCGAGCGUGAUGCCAAGGAGGAAGAGGAGCGCAUCGCCCGCGAAGCCCAAGAAGCACAGGAAGCCGAAGAGGAAGCCGCACGCCUAGCCGAAGAAGAGAAGAAGUCCAAAAAGAGUUCCAAGUCCAAGGAUAAAGAGAAGGAGAAGGAGAAGGAGAAGGAACGAGAGAAAGAGAAGGAGAAAGAAAGACUGAAAGAGCUGGAAGAAGAAGAAAAGCGCAAGAAAGAGAAGGAAGAGAAGAAAAAAGAGAAGGAGAGAUUGAAAGAGCUCGAGAGAGAAGAGGAGGAGAAACGCAAAGAAAAGGAAGAGAAGAAGCGUGAAAAGGAGCGCUUAAAGGAGCUUGAAGAGGAAGAGAAGCGCAAAAAGGAAAAAGAAGAGAAGAAGAAAGAGAAGGAGAGACUAAAGGAGCUCGAAAGGGAAGAAGAGGAAAAGCGCAAAGAAAAGGAAAAGGAAAAGGAGAGAAAGAAGAAGGAAAAGGAAAAGGAAAAAGAAAAGGACAAGAAAUCCAAGGACAAGGGCAAGGACUCUGAUUCUGACGCAAAGGCGGCGGCAGAUCUGGGCGACGACGACAUUGAGGAGCUUCUGUCGCCAAAGGACAAGUCGACCUCGGACGCGUUUAGCUUCUGGGGCGUUGCAAGCGCCAAAAAGGGCAAAAAAGUUGAAGACACAUACGCCGAUAAGGACGCGUAUACAUCGUCUAAAACCAAUGAAGCCGCCUCCAUGAAGCGCAAGCCUGUUGGAGGCAAGAUUGCAGACAAGCUCAAAAACUUUGAAACCAAGGACGAAGACGACGACCUCGCACCACCUCCGCCACCCUCACCUCCGGCCCCUCCCAAGGACGACAAGAAGUCUAAAAAGAAGAGCAAGGCCGACGCCCCCGACGACAGCUCCUCCUCCCGGAAGAGCAAGAAGUCGGCCGAGCUUCCCGGCAGCUUCCCCGACGAGGAUGAUGACCACAUGACCGCUGUUGUCGAAAAGGACAAGAAGAAGAAGAAGAGCAGCAAGUCCAAGGACGGUCCUCCUCCUCCUCCCCCGCCACCUGAAGCACCUCUUACACCACCACCUGAGAAGGCUAAAAAGGACCGUCCCAAGAUUAACCGCGACGCCGGUACAUCUUGGGGCAUGUGGACCGCCUCCGCCAAGAAGGAAGAUGAGAAGAAGGAGCGGUCCUCCAAGGAAGAGCGCAAGUCUUCCAAGUCCAAGGACAAGUCAAGACACUCUGGCGACAAGAGCUCCUCGAAAGGCUCAUCAUCCGACAAGAAUGAGCGGCCCGAGAAGUCGUCAAAGACCCCGGGCAAGGUGCGCAGCAGUUCAGCUGCCUUCAACACCCCGCCUCUUUCACGAUCAAUGUCCACCCGCGAGCGUAAAGUAAGCGCCAGUGGCAAAUCAUCGCGCCGCUAUUCGGUUGACGCACACGGCCUCGCUUCACCACCCCCAGAAGAUGGCCCCGAGCUUGGCUCCAAAGCCGCCAAGAUCCUCGGUGUCAGCAAAUCUGCCAGCAAGAGCAGGUCAGCUCGUCCCGACGCCGACCUGGAAGCUGCCGCAGCUGCAAAGGCUGAGAAGCGACGCAGUCGGCGCCUAGACGAUGAAGACUACGUCAUGGCCGAUGCUGAGACACCUCUAAAGCGAGGCGCUUCGGUCAAGAAGUCCGGCUUCUCUGGCUUGUUUGGCGGUCUGCUCUCCAAGAAAUCCGAGGCAGUUGAAGAUCCAGACUCCGCCAUGGAGACGGACCGCGAUGCCCGCCGCAAGGCGCGCCGUGCUGAACGCGAUGGAGCGGCCGAAAAGGGCAGCAAUGGUUCUCACCGAUCCAAAGAAGAAGCUCGCCAAGAGCGCCGCCGUCGCCGUGAAGAAGACGCUGAUGCUCGCCGAGCUGAAGACAAAGAGGCCAGACGCGCCGCAAGGCGUGCGGCACGCCAACAAGAAGACGAGCGUCGUGAGGUUGACGACCGUGAAGCUCGCCGCGCUGAGCGACGACGCAUGCGCAAAGAGAAGGAGGCCGCCGCCAUUGCUGCCGAGAAAGAGAAUGAUGACGCCGACCGCGAAGCUCGCAAGGAACGUCGUCGUUCUCGCCAAGUCGACGCCUCGGAAGACGAGGAUCGCCGCCGCCGCCGUGAGCGCCGGGCAUCGCGUGCUCUAGACGAGGUUGACGGUCAGCGCCGCAAGAGCAGCCGCCGGAGUGAUGAGGAACAGGUCUACCCGCACAAGGACCGCCGCCGAGACAGCCGCAAAGGCAGCUCAGCAUGGCCACAUUCAGGCACAAGCUCCUGGGUCAAGGAACACUCUGACGCUCCCCCACCACCCUAUGAUGGUGCUACUGCAACAGAGGAUGAGCGCCGCAAGGCUCGCAGGUCCAAGAGAGAUGGUGACGAGGAUGAUGCGCGCCGCAGACGAAGACGCGAAGAGCGCAAAGCAGCAGCAGCAGCAACAGCACCGUCUGCGCCAGCCAGUGAGGGCAGUGAUCACAUCAUGAGCAGACGAAACUCGGCACUGAUUGAGCCGGUGCAACCGCGAACGUCGUGGUGGCGCAAGUUUGCCGGCUAA